GUCCACACCUGGAAAGAAGCCCUCAGCGGCAUAAGCGAUCAAUAACCACAACCGCUCGCUGGUCGCCGUUGGUCGCCAUUGUUCUAUCCAUUUGCUCUUGCUCCUGCCGGCCCUACGUGACCUUCCCUCCCACUUACACAGUAGCCCAUCGCGUGAACCAGUGGACCACAGCCCAAGAUGCUGCAGUCCGUCAGCGACCAACACGACGAGCACUAUGAGGACAGCCAGCGCGAUUCCAUCGAGGCUCUGGUCGCCGCCCGCAACGACGGGAAGAAGCACCUGCUGCUUGCGGCCUCGGGCUCGGUGGCCACCAUCAAGAUCCCCGUGAUCAUCCAAGCCCUGGCCAAGUACGCCGGCGCGCUCUCAAUCCGCGUCGUGCUGACCGAGUCGGCCACCCACUUCCUCCAAGGCCAGAGCGCCGAGCAGCCCACUGUCUCGUCGCUGCUGCACAUGCCCAACGUCGAUGCCGUCUACCGCGACCGCGACGAGUGGGGGCCUCAGCCGUGGCGCCGAGGCGCGAGCAUCCUGCAUAUUGAGUUGCGGAGAUGGGCCGACAUACUCGUGGUAGCUCCACUCAGCGCCAAUACAUUAGCCAAGGUCGUCAACGGCAUGUCUGACAACCUGCUCACCUCGGUCAUCCGCGCCUGGGACACGGAUGCCAGCGUCGACAUGAAGAAGAAGCUCAUCGUCGUUGCACCGGCCAUGAACACGGCCAUGUGGAGAAACCCCAUCACGCAGAAACAGAUAAGCGUGCUCGUAGACGACUGGGGCGUGAAGGAAGAAGAGUGCGUGACCGGGCAGACGCGCUGGAUUACGGGUUGGUUCCAAGUCAUCACACCGACCCGCAAAACGCUAGCAUGCGGCGACACAGGAGGCGCCAUGGCAUCCGUCCCGUCCAUCUGUGCCGUCAUCGAGGAGAGGCUGGGUCUCGGCCCGGCCAGCGGCGGCAGCGGCGGCAACGGCGGCGGCGGCGGCGGGGAACCGCGUCAGGGCGGCGAUGACGGCGCUAGUGCGAGUAGCUAAACUCGGUGUUUGUCGAGAUUGAUGGCGGUCGGUAAACUAGUUAGUAGCGAUCUUUGUUUGGAUCUCUGCAGGAACGGGGGAGCGGAAGUGUCUCUCCUAGAUGUGCUAGCUAUCUCUCCUGCACGAUGUACUUCCCUUCGCUCUCCCACGCUGUGGAUCUGUGAGCAUUUGAUCCUGAGGAGGAGCAUGAAAAGAGAAGAUUCUGGAGAAGGGACAACGUUUCUAUAGCAGAUGCC